AUGCGAGGAAAGAGGGCGAAACAAUACAAAAAGCUCAUGCAACAAUAUGGCAUGAGCUUCGGUUUCCGCGAGGCAUAUCAAGUUCUUCUUGACGCUGAGAUCAUUAAGGAUGCCGAUAGAUUUAAAAUGGACCUGGUCGGCGGUUUAGAGCGAACACUUCAUGGCCAAGUUAAGCCCAUGAUUACACAGUGCUCAAUGCGCCAUCUAUACGCUGCUUCAUCAGAACCUGGAGUAUCAUAUCUCAUCGAUAAAGCUAAAACGUACGAGCGACGCCGCUGUGGUCACCUUCCAGAAGAUUAUCCCGAACCUCUUUCCGCCCACGAUUGUAUCAAAGCAGUAGUUGACGGCAAAGGCAAUGGAACCAACAAGCACAGAUACGUGGUGGCAAGUCAAGAUAUAGAAGUCAGGAAAGCUAUGAGGGCAAUUCAGGGUGUGCCUUUGGUUUAUAUCAAUAGGAGUGUUAUGAUUAUGGAACCUAUGGCAGGAACAUCUACAGAAGUAAGGGAAAGGGAAGAAAGAUCGAAAUUUAGACAAGGCAUAAAGUCAGGAAGAGCUUCAGGAAGUCUCAAGAGGAAGAGAAAUGAAGGCGAUGAGGACGAUGACGAAGAAUUGGCAAGGAAGGACAUGGGUGUGACAGAAGGUGUUGCGAAAAAGAAGAAAAAUGCUCCAGGACCCAAAGGACCGAAUCCAUUAGCAAUGAAGAAGAAAAAGAAGGUUGAGGGGGAUAACAUGAAACCCAAUGCGUCAAGUAAAUUGGCCGAUGCAAAUGGUACGGAAGCAGAUGGUUCAGAACCUGUCAAGCGGAAACGAAAACGUCUACACUCGAAGAAAAAGUCGGAGGAUGUAGCUGAUGGAGAAACGGUAAAAUCAAAUGAUUUAUCUGUUAGAGACACCACCUGCCCUGUGAGUCAAGGUGGUGGUCGAAGUGCUAGAAACAAUAUGCCACAGAGUGAUGAGACCACUACAAGUGCUAAGGAAAAUGGCAAUGUGGGACCGGGUACAGCUGUCCAACAUGGACCUCCGGAACUUGAUGAUUUUGGAUUGCCCCUCAAGAAGAGAGUUGUUCCAGAACCGAAUGCGGGUGUUGCUAAGGGGAAUGCAGAGAAGGCAGAUGUUGCGAAGGUUAAUGGUUCAGCUGGAGAAGGGGAAUUUAAGGAUGAUCAAAAGACGCUAUUGCCUGUUACACGGAAUCCAGAGCUCCAAGGGCCUCGCGACACAACUCAGAAUAAUGAAUUGCCAGUCCAUGGACACCCGGCCCCCCAAGAAACAACCAAAGAACUCGAUCCUACAAACGAAGAAGAUCUGGCGAAAUUCUCGGAACCUGCGGCAUCCGCAGAAGUAACAAAAUCCAAAGAAGACUUGGACAAGAGCAGUGUCAACAACAACAAAGAUGCGGUUCGCACGGUGGACAACAGACAUAGUCAGGCAAUUCAGGGAAUAUCGGAAUGGUCGCAUCAACAUACCACAGUACCUGCUCCACAGAGCCCGCCUCAAGAAGAAGAUGAAUGGCAAACAAUGCCAGCUUAUGCCCCAUACGAUAUUUACGAUGAUGAUAAUAGGUUAAUUGCGAGGGAGGCUCAUGAUUCUGAGGAUGAAGGUGAUGCAUACGCAGGUUUGGGUGGUGCCGGUAGAGGGUAUACUAGAGUACAACUCGAUGAAGAUGCUCAAUCUGCGACAAGUCUGGAUGAGAACACACAAUACCUUUUUAAGGAUAUUCAUGGUACUGGAGCUGGAGAAGCGGAGGACGAGGAGCAGCGAGAUGCACUUUCUCAAAUGCAAGCCACUAAAGAUCUUUUGACCGAAGGGCAAAGAAUUGCAUAUGUUGGAAUGACUCGACUUAUAUUAUCUAAAAUGCUUGAACAACAGGAAUUAUUGGUAGCAGCCAAGAAGGGAAAUAAAAAAGAAUUACAGAUUUCAGCGGAGGCCAUGAAGAUGUGGACUCAAAAAAUGAUGAUGCAACAAGCAGCCGAGAAGGAGAACUGGAAUGAGGAUGAUCACAAAGAAAACAGAAGAAAAAUGGCUCUCAAAAAAAGAUAUCUAAUGAUGGGUCUUGCUACCGUUGGUGGAAGUUUAGUUAUUGGACUUUCCGCAGGUCUCUUAGCACCUGUCAUUGGAGCAGGUCUCGCUGCUGGUUUUACAACAAUAGGUGUAGCAGGUACUAGUGGAUUUCUUGCUGGUUCUGCAGGUGCUGCUAUUAUCACAACGGGUGCCGCAACUUCAGGUGGCUUCAUUGCAAUCAAAGCUGCAAAUCGUAGAACUGGAGCAGUCAAAACUUUCGAAUAUAGACCACUGCAUAACAAUAAGCGAGUCAACUUGAUUAUUACGGUCUCUGGAUGGAUGACGGGUAAAGUCGAUGAUGUACGAUUACCAUAUAGUACUGUUGAUCCGAUCAUGGGAGAUAUUUAUUCAGUACUAUGGGAGCCGGAAAUGCUUACGAGUAUGGGAGACACCAUUAAUAUCCUGGCAACUGAGGCUCUAACCCAAGGUCUUCAACAAGUUCUUGGAAGUACUAUCCUCAUUGGUUUGAUGUCUGCUUUACAAUUACCAGUUGUUUUAACUAAGCUGUCAUAUCUCAUCGAUAACCCCUGGACUGUUUCUCUAGACCGGGCAAAUGCCGCAGGACUUAUUCUUGCAGAUUCACUUAUUGAUCGAAAUCUUGGUACCAGACCAAUCACUUUCGUGGGAUAUUCCCUAGGUUCCAGAGUCAUUUUCUCAUGUCUGAAAGAACUCGCCAGGAAAGGCGCUUACGGACUGGUUCAGAAUGUUUACCUAUUUGGUUCGCCUAAUGUUGUGAAUCAGGAUGAUUAUUUAAAGGCUAAGUCCGUUGUGGCCGGUAGAUUCGUCAACGGAUACGCAAGAAAUGAUUGGAUUCUAGGAUAUCUCUUUCGUCUUACUAGUGGUGGUAUAAGACGUGUAGCAGGACUUGCACCCGAUAGAAAAAUGUUCCCUGGCAUAGAAAAUGUGGAUGUCACUGAUCUAGUACCCGGACAUAUGGCAUAUCGUACAGCCAUGCCCAAACUUCUUCGAGAAGUAGGAUGGGAGGUUGAAAGUGAUGAGUUUACAGAAAUCGAAGAUCCAGAUCCCGAUAAUCAUGCUGAGAGACAGAGGGAGCUUAUUAAUGAAAUAGAAGAAGCUCGAAAAGAAUUUGAGAAAAAGGAGAGAGAAGGAAAACAAAGAUUUAGUUUCUUUGGUCGCAAAAAGAAAUCAGCUGUCGAGCGUAAAGAAUGGGAAACGUACGAUGAAAUUUCGAAGAACGAGCAUGGUAGUGAACCGAGCCGAUCUGGGACAGAGGAUGGGCAAGGAAACAAUCAUGGGGUCCUUUUUGAUAUUGAUGCUAUUCGUGCAGAAGUCGCUAGUGGAGUUGCUGCUGGUAGUACGAGUGGCCAGCAGGUAGAAGUCAAGGAACUCAAAUCUACACUUCCACCUAUGAAACUCAAAUUUGGAUCCUCUUCAAAAAGUAAUGAAUCCAGUCCACGCAAUUCUCUCCGACCAACAAAAAGCGACGAUGCGGCUAGCACACUAAAUUCCCGUGGUUAUCGUUCACCAAGCCAUUCUCCACGUCCUUCUAAUGGAUUUUCAUCGGGCUCGACGUAUUCAUACUCGAAUUCUCACUCCAAACAGGAUCUUGCAAGGAAUUCUCCAUAUAUGAUACAGGAACCCGAAGAGGAAUUAGAAAUGACGUUUGAUACUGCAUAUCAUUCACCGCCUCAUUCAGCUAAUGUAAGUAGUACGAGAUUACCCGAGAGAGGCCACACGAGUUUUCAUUCUUUGGGACAUGUUGCGAGUGGUAGCGGUGGUGGUAGUUCAUUUGGAGGAGGCUUCGAUGGAAUGGGUAGCGUAAGACCGGAGUAUAAAUCGUCGAGUACGUUACCGACUGGAUUGGGUGUUGGAGGGUUAGGUGCGGGAGUAGGGUUGGGAUUGGGGGUAGGGGCUGGAAUGACAUAUGUGGCGGAGAAAAAUGCAUGGGCUGAUGAUGAUGAGGAUGAAUUUGGGGGUGGGGGUGAGGAGGAAAUCGAAAUGACUUUUGCAUAA